AUGUCGUCGCCAGAAACAUAUAAUAAUGAUAAUACAAUUUUAUCAUCAUCAGAAAAUAGUGUUAAUGUUGAUGUGAAACAGAGUUGUGAAACAAUAUAUGGUCUUUAUGCAGGUAAUGAAUGCAAAGAUUUUGCAUUCAAAGGAAGUCAGAAAACUCUAUUAUCUAUCAAUUUCCCAAUUGGAUCUCGUCUUUCAGACAUCAAUGAUUGUGCUUUCUAUCAAUGUACAAAACUCUCAUCUGUUGAUUUCAGCAACUGUCAAUUUUUAACCAAAAUCGGAUCAUAUGCAUUCAGUGGAUGCAAAUCAUUAACAAAUGUAAUUCUUCCAACUCAUCUGAAAGCAAUCUCACCUUUUUGUUUUGAAUCAACGUCAAUCUCAUCUAUUUCUAUUCCAAAUGAAAUUACUUCACUUGAAUCAUCAUGUUUUCAAUCAUGCUCCAAACUAAAAAAUGUUAUAAUUAAUGUAGAAUCCAAUCUAAAAGAAUUUAACGCCAACGUUUUUAAUGAUGCAAUUGUUGAAACACUUUUUCUCCCAAAAUCAGCUACCUCUAUUAGUGAUUAUGCAUUUGUUGGAUCACUAUCAUUAAAAGAGUUUUCUAUUGAUCCAUUAAAUCCAAGUUACAGUGUAUCAGAUGGAGCUUUAUUCAAUAAAGAUCAAACACGACUUGUUCGAUUUCCUGCAAAUAAAAGUAAAACUUAUACUAUACCAGAAAAAGUUACAUCAAUAGCUGCUUGUUCAUUUGCUCAUUCAAUUAUCGAAUCAAUUCAAUUUUCCAAUAAUUUUCGAUCAAUUGGUGAAUGGGCAUUUGUUAGUUCAAAUCUUAAAUCAAUUGAAAUUCCAGAUACUGUGACAAAUAUUAAUGAUGGGGCUUUUUUUGAUUGUUCAUCUUUAAGUUCUCUUGUUAUUGGAAAAGGAAUGAAGGUCAUUUCAAAUUAUUGCUUUAGACAAACAAACAUUUCAUCAAUAACCAUUCCAUCAGGAAUAACAACAAUUGGUGUUUAUGCAUUUGAUGGUUGUAAAAAUCUUAAAGAAGUUGUUCUUCCAUCGACCUUGAAAAAUCUUGGUGGAUCUUGUUUCCCAAUCACAACAAAAUUGACAUUCUCUGAAGAAUCUGAUUUUAUGAUUGAUGAUCAGAUGAUUGUUUACAACAAAGCGAAAACAAAAGUUGUCAUGUGUUUGAAUCAGAGUGAUAGUUAUAUUAUUCCAUCUACAGUUCAAAUAUUAAAUAAUGAUGUAUUUAAAUCAAAUAAAAUCGUUAACAAAAUAGAAUUUGAACCUGAAAGCCAACUAACUGAUAUUUAUGAUGGAGCAUUUUCAGGAUGUGACAAGCUGUCAAGUAUCAACAUUCCUCUCACAGUUUCUAAAUUUGGUAAAAACUCAUUUUCAGGGUGUAACUCGCUCCAAACAAUCUUCUUUGGUGAUAAUUUGAGUAUGAUCUCAGAUAAUUGUUUUGAGAACUGCAUUUCUCUAAGAACUAUCAGUUUUGUUGAUAUUAAUGUGAGUGCAAAUAUCAGUCAGUAUGCAUUCAAUGGGUGCAGUUCUCUAUCAUCUGUCACACUGAAAAAAGGAAUUUUGAGUCUUGAUAUGUUUUGUUUCAGUGGAUGCACAAGUCUUAAUAAAAUAAACAUUCCAUCAACAGUCGUUUUCAUCGGGACAAAUGUAUUCCAGAACACGAACAUCGAAACUAUCACAUUUUCACCAGAUAGUCAUAUGCGUGUUCUUAACCAGUAUGUUUUCAGUGGAUGCAACACACUUCGAAGUAUCGAAAACAUUCCUAGUGGUAUCGAGUCCAUCGAAUCCAACUGUUUCGAGUUCACAAAUCUCGAAACAUUCACAGUUCCAGUCUCAACAGUCAGUAUCUCAGACUAUGCAUUCCGAGGUUGCACAUCUCUUCGUGUCUUCACUAUUCCAUCAGGUUGUCUUCUUAGUAAUAUCGGAAACUUCAUCUUCAGAGGAUGCACAUCUCUUAGUGUUAUCGAGUGUGAUAACAGCGAACACUUCGUUGUCGACAACGGUGCACUUUUCAACAAAGAACGAAGCAAUCUUAUCUACUUCCCUCCUGCAUCUUCGAUCAAGUUCUUCUGCUUCUCACAGAACGUCAAGAGUAUCUCAUCCAGUGCAUUCUUCGGAUGCAAGCAUCUUGAAGGUAUCAUGAUCCCAGACAACUCUAUCGAAACUAUCGGUUUCUCAGCAUUCUCUGAAUGCACAUCUCUUAAGUACAUCAACAUACCUCUCUGUGUGAAGACGAUCGAACAAAACGCAUUCUCAGGAUGCAUCAACCUUCACUGCGGUGUUAACAUACAGAACAAGACUCGUUCACAUAUUGAUAACAUUGUUGUUUCUAGUGGUCUUAGUAUCAACUCUAUGAAAUCAUGUUCACUGAUAACAUGCAAACAGAUUCACUACCAAAAUCCUGUUUCAAAUUCAUAUCUAUAUGUUUUCAUCCUAAUGUAA